CAUGGGCGGGCUGGCGACUGGGGACUUCCUAGUCGGGAGCAUGGGAGAGGAUGGGGUCCCAGGAGAGACACGCAGGGUCAGGAAGGGGGAGGGGCAGGUGCCUGGACAGGCAGGGGAGUGCACAGCGGCCAGGCCCACACAAGGGUGGACCCGGAGGGCAGUGUGGCUGGAAAGACCAGGCUUCUCACUCUGCCACCCCCAGGCCUUACCCCAGCUGCAGGAUGGGACAGGCUAGGCGCCUUGCCUUGGAGCCCGAGCAUGUGCCCUGCGCCAUCAAUGCCAGCCAGCUUUCAUCCACCCUGGUGGGCCAAGUCCUCCACCACUUGGUCCAGGAGGAGCACCUGGGGCCCACGGUGGCAGAGCUGGAAGAACCACGGCAGAUGCAGCUGGCUCCAGAGACACGGGGAGGGCCGGCUUUGUGGCUAGAGCCCGUCCAGGAGCUCCCUGAGAACCCUGUGCUGGAGCGACGGCCGGUGUCACCUGCUUCCGCCCCUGCAGAGCCGGAGGAUGUCCCAGCAGUGGCCUCAGCCCAGGGGCCAGGCCCUGAGCUGGAGCCCCGUGAGCCCUCGGGCCUGGGGCCCAGGGCACUUGCUGGAAUGGCACCAGGUGUGGCAGAGCCAGGUCCAGGUCCAGAGCCCACCAGCCCCUGUGCUGUGAGCCCCUGGGACAUCCCAGGACUGGUCUCAGGCCCCGAGCUGGAGCCCCAUGAGUCCUCGGGUGCAGGGCCCGUGUCACCUGCAGGAAUGGCACAGGGCCUGGCAGAGCCAGAGGUGGUCCUGGAGCCCACCAGCCCCUGUGCCGUGAGCACCCGGGAUUUGCCGAGGGAGAGGGUGCGGACCAUCCUGGCGUUUGCCCCACGCCUGGUGGCCGAGCAGCUGACCCUGAUGUGUGCGGAGCUGUACAGUAGGGUUGAAUGUGGUGAAUGCAAGGUCUACGUAGAGAGACAACCACUGAGGGAAGCCAUUGUGCUCCUGGCCCCCAACAUCCUUAACGUCAUCAGGCAGUUUGGUACCACGUUUCAUUGGGUCAUCUCCUCCUGCCUGAGGGCCCCGAGCAGGAUGGCCCAGGACAGGGCCCGAGUGGUGGAAUUCUGGAUCCAGGUGGCCAAGGAGUGUCUGGCUCUCAGAAAUUUCGAGUCCUUCCGUGCCAUCAUCUUCGCCCUGCAGCGCCCUCCUGUACGUCGCCUGGAGAGCACCUGGGGACAUGUUUCCUGGAAGAGCUCCUGGAUCUACAAAAAACUUAAAAAGAGGAACAAGGGGCUUAAAGGGAAGCAGCUCCUCAAGGAGGCGAGGGCCAUGUUGAGGCGAUGGCCGCAGUCCCCCAGGGCAUCCCAGGAUAUGAAGAAGCAGGGCAUGAUCCCGCCGCUCGGACUGAUCCUGUACGAAGUCUUAGAGAAACAACAGGAACAUCAUGUGGACGUCACUGACUUCCUAGAGGAGAUCGUCACAUACAGGUUCCUGGCCAGGCAGUAUGACCUGGAGCCCAAGGAGCACUUCCUGUCCUUUUUCCAGAGACUGAAGCUCCUGCGUGAGGAGCAGAGCUACGGCCUGUCCUACCAGCUGGAGCCCCCAGGCCAGAGGGCAGGCAGAAAAGGACUGUUAAAGUUCUUCAGGUCCCUCAAGAUUUAAACUUACGGGCCAGGGCCAGGGCCAGGUGAGUUUCUGGGCUGGGGCGAUUGGCAGGGGGUGGGCUGUUCCCCAGCCUCAGGGAAGCUUCGGGCCAUGCUGGGUGUGGGGGCGUCCUAAAGACGGGUGCGGCUGGGGUCCCAGCUCCACGGCCGACCAGUCCUGUCAGGCUGAAGGGUGUUUCCCCGCCCCCUCUGGGACCCAGCCUCCUCCUCUGUGAGUAGGUGACGCUCAGGAGCCUUCCCGAGACAGGGACUCCCUUGGUGCUGGUGAUU